GCCGUGGGGUGUCCGAUCUUGAGGUUGCCUUCAGACCAUCCUGUGAGCCAUCCAGCUUUCGAAACACGUAAGCCACACUGAUUCAUCAUGGAUUUGGCCUGUACAAGCUGCCAUGGUGGUCGUGGUUGAAGGACCACCUAGAAACCAAACAUCGCCGACCAUUGGGACAGGUCUCUGCAGGAGGCUGCAGAUGCUUCUGCAGCUGUGCUGUGCUGUAGAGAGACAGUCGGGAGUCAGACCAACUUUUAUGACAACCUCAGCUAUCCGAGACAUCACCCCCUCUAUCACAUCACCAUGUCUUCAUCCGAGGAACCCAGACAAACCACUUAUCUGCUAUGUGUCCGAAUACGUGCAAGUGUGUGUCGUCUGGGCAGAAAGGAAAAAGAAAGAAAACCUCUCGUUCAUGGUUGCGGAGCCGGAGCGGGGCUGCUGUCGAGCAGGUGUUCCCCCCGCAGUUUGCUUCCAGUCAUCUUGUGUUCAUCGUGAUGACUGCUUGAGGGAGGCUCAACUGUCGCGUAGGGCAGCAAAUCGAUCGUAAGGAUUAUCCAAGUGUGUGGCAUCCAGAUCUCUCAGAAGGAAAGUAGGUGAGCACACAAUUUCCUAAAGGAGAAGCACGGCAGAGGUGUUUCGACUUGGUGCUGACCCAGGCACGUGUCUGUUCUGGCGACUGAGGGAUGUUCAUAAUGCUGUACAUUUCAUGAUGCCCGAGGACGCCAUCCUUGCGCUUAUUAUCAGGCAAGAAUCUUCAUCGACGUGACAUGGCCUUUUCCGCCUUUCAUUCACCCAGCCCGGCACUGGGCGAGAGCCGUCCGGUAACGAGAAGUUGCCUAGAUGAUGACGUCUUGCGCCUGAAUCACAUUUCUUCGGACUUCUAACUGAUGGCAAGUCUGGAAUGAUAAGCGUGCCCUGUCCAGCAGACAAGCAAGCGGGGAUGGUUGAGCUGGUGAGCAGCGAAUGAGCUUGCAGGAUGGCCCAAGAUGACCUCUCCACUUUUCCCCAAACAAGCUAGUCUGGUCACGCCGACCUGCCAGCCCCAACCCACGCCCUCACGGCGGCCACUGGCACGCUCCCGUCCGUUCUGCCAAGCUUCAACCAGCCUGGCGCAUGCUCACUCGCCCAUCGAGGCUGGAGGGACAAAGAACGACAAAGCCUCAACGAACCUAUCGACUAUCAGGAAUUCAACCUCGCUUCAUCAACAGAGUACUCAUCCACGAUACCUGGCUCCCGGCGUCGCACGUUAACGUCAACGUCAACCCAUUCCCCGCACUGUUCGUUUGUUCAUCGAACCAUCCUGUCAGACAGGUUGUCUCCUUGUUCACGGCUCCACUUUGCCCGGGCGGGGACCAGCCAAGGGGGACAGCUAUCACCAAACCGGAGCGCGCCGUAAACCAACAAACACGGGGCUACAACUUGACAACAAAUCACCAAGCAUUUGAAAGACCUGUUGUCUAUCCAAUAAACAGCUUGCGUUUACGAUGGGGCCCUACGAUUCUCAAGGCGCCGGGCCGGGAGGGCUGUAUGGCGAUGCUCCGGAGAGCGCGGGGGCCACGGGGCGAUCUGACGGGACAUCGCCGCGUCGCCGAUAUGAUGAGUCGUGGGUAGAAGUAGCCUCGCAGCCGUCGUCUUCGUCCUUGUCAUCUAUCGGAGAUGAAAUCGUAACUACAGGCCUCAGGGUCGGCACCAACUCGUACCUGCCCAGGCGGAGGAGGUCGCAGCAGCACCGGCCAAUGCCCGCAUCUUUCGUUAUCGGACAUCCCUCCAGUCGUGGCGGCGCUACCAGCAGCCAGGAUGAAUAUGACGAGACGGAGAGUGAAGAGGAUAGAGUUAUGACGAGCUCAAACGAGGCAGUGCAUCCCUCGGCGAAUCUGCUGCGUUACCAGACUACCGUCCGCGGGGCCAUAGAUAUCGAUACUGAUAGUGACGACGACGAGAAUGCGACCGCCCUUGGUCGCCCGUCAGAUGCGCCUGCAUUCAGGCCACAGCCAAAUGCCUUCUCGCACCCGCCAUCACACCUCACCCACCGCCACUCAACCAGCUCAGUACCUCCUCACCACCCACCCCAAUCACGGCCUCCCAUGCCUCACCGCUCACACACCCGUACGCAUCGCGGCCACCCGAAUUUCAUGUCACCUGCCUACCAAGCCGAUCACGACGCCGCGCUUCGUGCUUCACUCACGACUCUGCUGUCGUGUGCUCAGGCUGCUCGUGGUCUUGGAAAGGCCGAUGAGAGACGUGGAGCCGGACCCUCAAAUGCCGGCAUGGGUGGACUCGGUGCAGGGGUUGGUGUCCUGCCAAGCUCGCAACCGAUGGAGCUGAGGCUCGUUCCCGAAUCGGAGCUCCUGGCCGAAGGCCCACCUCCGCCCUCCGUUGGCGGAUCCGGCGGGCCGCCCAAGGCUCCACUUCGAACCGCAUCCAACUCCAGUGCUCCCAGUGCCCCGUGCUCCACGUCGAGCAGAGGAAAGGAGGAGCAGCAGGAUUCGGCAGAGAAGCACAAGCGUGGCGCAACCAACCAGACGAAAUCCUCACGGGCUGUCAAGAAGAAAAAGACUAGCUCACCUGGAUUCGCCGAAGGGGAGACAGCAACCUUCCUCAGCCCGACGCUCAUGACUUGGGUGGUGAGCGCUGGUGUGGUGGUAUUGGUUUCCGUGGUAGGGUUUGGGGCAGGCUAUGUCAUUGGGCGCGAGGUAGGUUGGCAAGAGGGGAGCGCGCUGGGUUCCUUUAGCGCUGCUGAUUCGGCGUCAAACACCUCUGCGAGCUGUGGGCGCGAGCUGGUCAAGUCCACAUCCGGUGGAACGCUGAGGAGGUUCCGAUGGGGCUCGAUGGGAAGCAGUGUGACUGCCUAGGACUUUUCCACAGGCACGAGUGACAGACGGAUGAUGGAUGACAGGACAUCUAAUGAAGUUUUAUGCCGUCGAUGAUCUUUGAUAAGCGGCAUUAUACACAUAUGAAUGCGCGGUUACGAUAACAACGAUGAGUAUGGGGACGCAGGGUUUUCACAUGUCUUGGAUCACAUGGCGGUUUCUUUGAUACGCUACGGCGACAUUGCUUACGCGUGUUUGCUGGUAUUAUCUUUUAAUAGCAUUUUGAUUUGACUACCUGGCAAAGGAAACAGAUAGGAGUUUUGAAAUAAACAAAUUUGAUAUUCACAUUGUCUGCACAUGA